ACGAUAUAUCGUUACUGUAUAUGUUGCAAUGUUGCACACGCUAAAUUGUUAGGCAAUUGAACUGGAACAGUGGGCAACAGAUGGAAAGAGACAAUACAACUGUACAAGCAUUCAUAUAUUCUUUAUCUUCUGCCAAGAAAUAUUUAUGUUAUUGGUGUAUUGAUGAGGAGAGAGGAGUUAAGACCAGUAUGUCGGUGUUAUGCGAAGGUGGGUACAUGAGAAAGUGCAGGACAAUGGCCAUUCAGUUGAUGAAACGUGGGGAAAAAUGGUUUCAUUAUUUUGACACCAAUCAAUGGCAUUUCCAUUCAUUUCAACAGAAAUUGAUGAUUUGAGAUAUGCAUAUUUUGAGGUAUGAGUGUGCUAGCGGAAUGAAUUAAAAUGCUAUCUCAAGGCACAGUGAUAUUAUAAUGGAAAGAUGAGAUAACAUUGUUACAGGAAUGAUAAAAAUACAGUGUCAUCACACAAUCAUUUAUCUAAACUUCAGAUUUUAUUGUGUAAGAUAUCACACGUACAUUCUCUAGUGAUUGGUAGUAAAUGGCUAGCUAUACGUAGAUAUAGCAAAAGGCCUCUACACUGUAGCAGUCCUGUCCGGCCUCCUGACCUUUAGAGGUGCCCCUAUGCUCCAUUGUUAAUCCGCUCACUCUCCAACCUUAUCAGGGGUCUUUUGUGCAGAGACAUAGAUGCUGGACUGCUGACCGGGGUCCGAACAUACCGGACUGCCUUUGUCUCUUCUCUAUGAUAUGUGCUGAGCUGGUCACAGCCGGCAACUAGCGGCCUGAGGGCGUGAGGGAUGCGAAGGCCUACACUCUACAAGGGAGUGUGUAGCCUCGCGUGAACACACAGCUGCAGGACCGCCCCACCCAAACGCCAUCCCUCGCCCACCUCCCCACCCGGCAUGACCUGCAUUGCCAUAUAAAACUGACGCGCCAGCUUCUCCCAAAAUUCUACGCGAGGCGGGUGAAUUCACUUCAGAGCUCUUCUAAAAAUAAAACCGGAGUGGAGAUGUUCAGAACUACAAGGUCCCCACUGAUGCAACCACUGGCAAACUCAGGACUGGGCACGGCGCCAGUCUUCAAGGUGACUGUUUUCGAGCAGGAGCAUUUUCAGGGCAAGAACUUAGAGCUUACCUCAGAGUGCAUUAACAUCCAGGAGUGCGGUCUGGACAACAUCCGCUCCAUCAGGGUGGAGAGUGGCGCUUGGGUCGGUUUCGAGCAUCAUGACUUCCAAGGCCAGCAGUUGAUCCUGGAAAGAGGAGAGUACCCCCACUGGGACUCCUACAGCGGCUCCCUCGCCUACCACGUGGAACGCCUUAUGUCUCUGCGCCCCAUCCCUUGUGCUUCACACCAAAGCAGCCGCAUGACCAUCUUUGAGAAGGAGAACUUCAUGGGACGCAGCGUGGAGAUCUGUGAUGAUUACCCCUCACUGCAGGCCAUGGGAUGGCAGACGCCCGAAGUGGGCUCCAUGCAUGUGCAAUGUGGCGCCUUUGUGUGCUACCAGUUUCCUGGUUACCGGGGCCAGCAGUACAUCAUGGAGUGCGAGAGACACAGUGGGGACUACCAGCAAUGUAAAACCUGGGGUUCCCACUGCCAGACGCCCCAGAUCCAAUCCAUCAGGCGCAUUCAGCACUGAAAGGAGGACAGCAAGACUGACAGAACCUAUGAUUGCCUUCUAUCGCUCUCCUCCUCAUUCCUGUUGGGUGGAGCCACAGUCCACUCCACAGUUUCACAGUUGAGUACAAGAGACAGUACAGAACUACUAAAGAACAGGAACCUUCAGUCCACACACACAUACGUCGAUAUAGAUGAUACCUGAUUAAGGUGUCUUUUUAUUUACAGUAGUUCGUGGGCCCAACUCACAAACAAGCACUAAGCUGUUUUUUGAAGGCCACUGAGAGGGGAAUUUCCAAGUUGUGGUGUAGCACAGGUGUGAGCCUUUUGUGUGGAUGGGGCCAACUCACAGGUUUAUAGCAAAUAAAGUCUUUUUUCCUGAAAUACAGUUUUUUUUCUCCUUCUGAAAUGCUUAUAAAAAAAGCAUGGAACUGAGUAAAUCUUGUAUUAACAUUUGCAAUUUUAGUAAAUUACUGUCAUAUAUUGUAUACAUGACGAUAAUGAUGAAGAAAUACAGAAAACUAAUAAACAUAAUUGAAUAGUACUGAACUUUUUAUGAAAGUGCAACAUAGUGGCGCAGGAGGUUAAUAACACAGAGUGCAAUGUGAUAAACUGGCUAUUACGUUAUGUUAAAGACACUCUUGUUUAAGGCGUUUUGUUCCACCUGAACAUACCAAUGACUAGAUCCUGUUGUCACGUGGCAACAUGAUAUUAACCUGCAUCCCCACAUCAGGUUGUUGUUAUUUGUUGAUUCGUUGCGCUCUGAAAUUUUGCCAGGUUCAAAUAAAUCCAGUCAAUGCUUCCUCAUUGUCUUGCUCACUUCCGGCAUACAGAGUUAAGUUGAUCUCUGUUGAUGAGAAUAAAGGUGGUAAAAGACACAGAGUCACUCUUCUGAACCUUCGCAAGCAAGCUGUAUCUUUUUGGUCUUUGCUUACUGUAUGGUUGGUCCAACAGUGGCAAGAAAAUGUCAGGAAAAUUAUUUAAUGUCAUACUGGUGGUCUGAAAUUCAAUGUUUAUUCUUAUAUGCAGCGUAUAUAUAUACACAGUAGGGCUGCAGCUAUCGAAUAUUUUGGUAAUCGAGUAAUCGACUGAAAAUUCAAUCGAUUAAUCGGAUAAAACAAAUAUAUUUUUAGGUGAAGAGCAAUUAU